AUGUCUGGAGUCGACCAAGCGUUUGCAAAGGCGAUUUCAAUUAUCAAGGUUUUAUCGAGGAGCCCUAAUGGCUUAGCGAAGCCACCUCCAGAAAGUAGAACUACUUUGUAUGGGCUCUACAAGCAAGCAACCGAAGGUGACGUGCUGGGAAUCAUGCAGCGUCCGGUUGGCGACUCUCCCCAGGAUGAAGCCAAUCGCCGCAAAUGGGACGCAUGGCGUCAACAGCAUGGUCUUAGCCGUGCAGAAGCGAAAGUGAAGUAUAUUGAGUUUCUGCUAGAGACAAUGCGCAGUGUGGCUGUGAUAACCCCUGAGUCGGAGCAGCUAAUUGCCGAGCUCGAGCAAGUAGCCCAGAUCGCCAAGUCUGGUGGGAAAAUUGAGGAUAUGGUUCCCAAAAACAUGCCUCACCAUCGAACAGGAUCCAUUGCGAGCAACCAUUCCGUUUACAGCCAGUUUUUGAAGCGGCCCACCUAUUCAGAAUUUGGUCUUAGCGAGCGAGAUAGAACCGAGCGGAUGAGCGAACGUGCCUUUGAUAGCAUGGAUCAGGGUAGUAUUGCCGGACUCAACCCUCUUAUUGCUGGUAUUCCUGGUCCGAUUGCAUACGAAGGCGACGAGGCUGCCAUUGACGCUGCGAGCUGGAAACAAAAUGUUGCUUGGCAGCUCGAAACUAUAUCCGAAGAAAUUAAUUCGAUUCGCAGACAGUAUGAUCAGCCGAUUGGCCGUCGGAAUGACGACGACGGGUUGCCAAUUAACCCGCCAUCCAAAAAGGCAGAUGUAUGGGCCCAGGUACGAUACCUUUUACAGCUUUUAUCAAAGCCACUGGUUGCAGCAUUACGUCGCAUAGCUAUUGAUACCAGUGCUUUGGUUGCAUUUCUGGUAAUUGUGCGUCUUAUUCGCAGCAACAAGGCAGUCAUGCAGCGCAUUCCGUUUACACGAAAACUGUUCACUAUACUGGGCAACAUCAUUGCUAUAGUGCUAAAGGAGGUCGGGUUUGAUAUCAAGACGCGUCCAUUUGGUUCAUCCGAGCUCAAAGAGUGA